AGCCCCUCCCCAGCGUGGGCCUUCCCCAGGCUGUCCUCCCUGUGUCCAUCCCUGCUGGGCGGCUCUGAUAGCACCUCCUCCCACGGAUCGCCGGCUUGGCUCCGGCACAUUGGGGGGGGCCUGUCCCCGUGGCUGUGGCAGCAGAGGGAGGGGGCCUCAGGAAGCCCCCCCAGCCUGGGGAGGCCCGGCUCCCCUGGGGCUCCACUUCGGGCCCAGCCGGCCCCCUGCCUCCACCUCCCCGCCUCAUUUGCAUGCCCUGUCGGGGCUGGGAGGGAGGGGCCCCAGCUCGGUGCCCAGGCUGCCCGGAGCCCGCGCCCAGCCCGCUCUGCCUCCCUGACGGCCAUGGCCCCCCCGCUGCUGGCUCUGCUCCUGGCCAGCGCGGCCGCGCUCCUCCUGGCAGAGCCCCACCCGGGGCCCACCCAGCCCGACGCCCUCCUGGUGUUCCCGGGGCAGACUGCCACGCUGCUGUGCGCCCUGAAGUCGGACUUUGCCAUCGGCGAGCAGGGCAUCUCGUGGUUCCAGCAGCACCCGGGCAGCGCCCCGCGCUUCCUGCUCUACUACUACUCGGAGGAGGACCAGGACCGCAAGCCCGGGCUGCCCCGGCGCUUCUCGGCCUCCAAGGACCCGGCCCAGAACGCCGGCGUCCUGACCAUCUCCCCCGUGCAGCCCGAGGACGACGCCGACUAUUACUGCUCCGUGGCUUAUUGAGGCCGUCCCUGGGGCCCGGCCCCCCGGCCACCCCCCGGCCCCCCACCCCUCAACCCAGCCCCGGCCCCUCGGCCCUAGCCCGUCCCAGCCCCUCACCCCCUCCUCUGAGGGCCCCUGAUGGAGGAGACCCCCUUGCUCUGUUCCUUGGACCACUGAGGGUAGAACUUGCCCAGACAUCCUGGCCCCAGAGCCACCACCGGGCACCAAACACCGGAAAAGCCAGCCGGCCGGUGCCCCCUGUGCCAAUCUACCGAUGCCCAGUGCCAACCUGCCGGCGCCCCUUGUGCCAACCUGCCAGCGUCCCUUGUGCCGCCGCCCUGGGGUGUGGCACACAGCAGCCCCUGAAUAAAAGCCCCCUCGCCGGGAUCUCAGGAUGCCCUUGCUAUUGAGGGGCCCCGGGGCUUUGGGGAGUCCGGGCCAGCUCGGGUCUCCUCAGCGGGGAUGAGCCCCUCCCCUCCCCCCUCCCUCAGCGGGGCUCCAGCCCCAAUAUACACCGGAGACUGCACGGGCCAGGGGGCUGGAAAGGAGAAACGGACGCGGGCACCUGUU